UGUUGGUAAGGUGCUUCUGCAAUUCUCUCGAACAUGUUCCGAUACCUGACCAAAAAGCUGAAGGGAGAGGAAGAUGCAAAAAAGGACCCUUAUGCUGAUCUGACGCCAGAACUGAAGGUGCAUGCUGCAGCUUGCAACAAUGACGUCAAGAUGCUAGAGAAGCUGGCCAAGGACGGGGUGGACUUUAACGAGCCACGACCGCAGGACGGAUACUAUGCGCUGGAUUCUUGUGCAUGGUCUGGAAAUGUGGAAGCCAUCAAUGUGCUGCUCCAGCACGGAGCAGACCCAUCUAUCACCCUGCAGGCCAUAGUUGGUGCUGCUUCGUGGGGCGAUCCAGAGAUGCUGGAGGCACUUAUCAGUGCAGGUGGUCAAGUGGACCAGGAACUAAAUUCUGAGACUGCUUUGCGAUGGGCUGUGCAGUUCGGCCAUGAGGACUGUGCCCUUCUUUUAGUUCAGAAGGGGGCGUGGAAGCUAGAGCCGAACCAGGAGCUGCUACUUCUUCGCGCAAAGAGUCGGAGGAUGCGCAAGCUCUUAGAGGGCAUCGCUCAGGUGGAUCCAGACCGCGCAGCAGAUUGCGUUGUACCACCUUGCUGGAAGACAUGUGAAAUUCUUUGAUGCAAUCGUGAAGGGUGCGUAGAUUGUGUCCAGUUUAGCUUUUGCAGUAGUUUCGUGGCUGCUUGAAUCGUUUUGUGUACAUACCUUGCCAGCAAACUUGCACGGCCCAAUGAGGCGGCGUUGUUUCUUUGUCACAGGGGCAUUGCAGCAGUUGCCUUUGGCAUACCGCAAUUUUCAAAUGCCUUAUUCAUACAAUUUUCAGGAUUCUCAGGUGCACAAUGUCACCUCCAACAACGGGAAAAGAA